AUUAUUCUGCAAAAAUCGACGAGCGAGACUAGUCUUAUUGGGCAUCUCCGGCGGCCCCAUUAUGAUCAUUCGCCUCUGCUUUUCGCUCUCUUCAUCAUUUCCUGCAUCCUCUCUCCUCUCCACUUCGCCUCUAUUGUUUCUGCUUCUACAGCAUCUCCAACAAAAUCUCCAUCUGUAACAAAAAUUUCUUAAUACCUUGUGCGUAUCCAUAUUGACAGAUAAAGCCCUAAAUUCACACCACCCUCUUUGGCAGACAAAGCCAACUCUUUAACAACAUCAUCAAAAACAAUUUCAGUAACCAAAUACACACUCUGUACUCUAACAAGUUCUCUAGCUGCCUAACAAAUGAGUGCAGAGAAGAAACCCGCUACCGAUGAUGACGCCAAGGUCAUCUCCGUUUAUAAGAUGGACAUGCAUUGCGAAGGUUGUGCCAAGAAAAUUAGACUCGCAGUUGAACAAUUAGAAGGUGUGGAAGCCGUGAAGACAAAUUGGGAAGAAAACAGACUGAAGGUCAUCAGGAAAGUAGACCCAACGAAAUUCGAGGCGAUGGUGGAAGAGAAAACAAAGAAGAAAACAGAGAUUGUGUUUCCGAAUUUCAUACUUAAAUUCAAAAUUUCAUAAUUAUUGUGGUAGUAAAUUUUAAUUUAAUUAUCACUAA